AUGCCGAAACGUGUCGCAGACGAAUAUAUCACAAAAGACAACGGCUCUACAGCGAACACCCCCACCGGAGACGACAAACCCAAAAUGUCAACAGCCGCUCAGCAGGCACGGCGAAAGAUAGCCACGCCGCGAGGUCGGCUAGGCGGAAGCCGCACGUCUCAUUCCUCCUCCUCCUUCGGCACGCCGAAUCCUUUUUCCCAAAGCACAACCCAACAACAAGCGUUUCCUACGAUGAAUGGCGCUGUCGCCUUUGGCACAAGCCAGUCUUUUCCUCAAGGGUCUGCUGCCACUAGCAGUUCUUUCAACUUUCAGCCUCCGCAGGCGAGCUCCUUCAGCUUCGGUGCGCCCACUGAUACGCCCAAUCCCUUCGCGACUUUGAAUGGAACUGCGGACGCGCAGGAUAUCUCAAUGGAAUCGCCUCAGAAGAAGCCUUCAUUUGGGAGUGCUUUCGGGUCAAACAAUUUUUCCUUUGGCCAGCCGUCAGGACAACAGUCCAAUGCACCCGUCAGUUUCGGUGGAACUCAGACUGCAAAUACAAAUGGGACGGGUUUGUUUGGGCAGCCCUCAAAGCCCACAGAGCCCCCUGCUGCAACGAACCCUUUCGCCCAGCCUUCCCAAACACAGCCAGUAUUCGGCGGGUUCGGUCAGUCGUCGUCGACGGCGGUGUCCCAGACACCGACGUUCAACUUCGGCCAAAGCACAUCUGUUGCACAAAGUCCCCUUCCCGCUUUCGGCACCAAACAGGAUGCUGAUACGCAAUCCUCGGCCUCCAAGUUUGUCUUCGGGCAAACCAGUGCUACGUCCCAGAGUCAAGGCACUGGAUUCUUUGGCUCCAGUACACCAGCAACCCAAAGCGAUGUUGGCAAUAUGUUUGGCUCUACCCCAAAUCAGUCAUCUAAUACUGGAUUCCCAUCAUCAGCACCUAACAAGUUUUCUUUCGGUCAAAAUUCCGGCCUUUUUCCCCCAUCGGGCAGUUCCUUUGUCAACUCCAGCGCCACGAAAGCGGACGAUGCCAAACCGGCCACUUCUUUGUUUGGCGGUCAGAACACUUCUCAGCCUGCGGUCGAGGCGCAACAUCGACCUUCGUCUCCAGAGAAGCCAGUUGCUUCAGGAUCCGCUGAGCAGUCUGCUAACCCUUUCGCGGGGCUUUUUACGGGUGCCAGUGGCCCAACUCCGGCUGUUUCUGUAUCAAAACCCAUAUUUAACCUUGGCGCCACAAGUCAGACAGCUACGUCCACGGCUGAGAGGCAAGAAACCACCACGAGUAAGUCGCCCGUCGUCUUUGGAACCUCCGCGCAACCCAAGCCAGCGACCGACGCAUCCGAACCGAAACCAUCAAGUACGAUGUUUAACUUUGGCUCCACGACGCCAGCAACCGGAUCGACGACCUCGAGUAUCUUUGGGGGAUCCGGAAGUUUUAGUCGGCCUGCCAUUCAACCGGAGGUGCCAAAAGCUGGUCCUUCGUCGGAACCUGCCGAGCAACCCAAGAAUGCUGCGCCGAGUUCGUUGUUCGGCUUUACCAGCCCGUCGACGCCUGCCUUUGGUGGAGAAUUGUUUUCCACUGUACAAGGUCUUGAAGACGGCAAGGCCGCUAAUGCGAACUUGUUAAGCAAACUGAAUAAGGCAAUUGAGGCUUCAUCCCAACCUGCAUUCAAUGCACAGCCCAAGGCUAUGCAGGAGUCCAGUCAGGCUCAAACACCAGAUAUGAGCCCGUUCCCCAGUGCGCCAAAUUCCGGCGCCGAAAGAAAUAAGGGCGCCGAAAGAAAUAAGAGUUCUGCAGAGCCAACUUUUCCACAGCCGUCUUCGGCUCCCCAUGGAUUCAGUGGUCUGUCCCGACCGGAACCUCAGCAAUCUCAAACAAUUCAAAAGUCUUCAUUCGUACCCAAUGUCUUGUCCGCCACCGCUGCGCAAGCCAGCGGUCCUUCAGCGUCAGAGCCAGCCCUUCCUGCAACGAGCGGGACGGUACAAAAACCUUCUGAAAAUGCAGAGAAAUCUGCCAUGGAUCUGGAACCGGUAAAGAGACCUGUAUACACAAAGGCCCCUUCACGCGUUCCUGGUCACACUACUCCCGAGAAAUUCCAAGAAUUUGACCGGGACUACCGUCUUCAUUCUCUGAACUACGGCUUCCAGAAGAAGAUAGCUGCUCUGGACCCGCGCUCGCAAGACUUUGAACACAUCAUCAGGCAUUAUGUGGCUUCACGUGAGAGUAUUGGCGCAUCAUUGGGAUUGUUUGUGCGCAAUGUCGCAGGAACGAAACGCAAAGCCGAUCAAGUCGAUGAUCGUGAAGCAGAACCCGAUCAGAACAAGAGAACCCGAGAAACCAGCUCUUCACAAAGAUCGAUCCUGUUUGGCCCCCAAACUACCACUGUAUCAUCAGAUGCGGCCAUGCCCGUGACAAACAACGCUGCGAAUGGUGGUCAGGCAUCUGCCACGGCGGCUAGCAUGCUCAAGGACAAGGUCGCUGGGGUUGAAGCGAACAACAUCUCUGGUAGUUCGCCAGCUACUCCAGGGUUUAAACCGUCAACCCAAUUUGCAGGAUUCACUCCGACCCCGGUUGGAAGCGCUCUCCCUCUUUAUCAAACGAAUCAGACACAAAUCAUGCCCUCAUCCAUGCCCUCGACAACGCCAACGAAACCACCACCGAAGCAACCAACCUUUGAAGUUCCCAAGUUUGGAGGUGGCAACACAAACUUCCUUGCUGCAUUUGGGCAGAAAGCAAAGGCAAAUGCUGACAAGUUCGAGAAAGAUCUGAUUGAAAAGCGCAAGGCUGAGGAGUUCGAUUCGGACGAGGAUGAUGAGGAGACAUUCCGCAAAAAGAUUGAAGAGGAAAACCGAGCAAAGAAAGCAAAGAUUGAUGCCGUCGCAAAGGCGGGGUUCAAACCGAUCUUUGGUACUAGUAAUGCCGUCCAGCCUUCGAAGGAGAAGGAUGCUACCAAAGCUUCCUUCACGGGGUUCUCCUCCUCGGUGUCUUCUAAUCCCUUUGCUGCGCUCGCAUCCAAAGGUGCAGACGCUGAACAAUCGACAGCCACAGACGCAGAUGAGAACGAGAACAGCACAUCAAGUCAUGACCAAGCCGCAGACAGUUACGAAGAAGAGACUGGUGACGAUAGCCAUGAAGGAGACGAGCCUGAAGAUGACCUCCCUGAAGAUGAAGUUGCCGAAGAAAACGAAGAAGACGAAGAGGAUGAGGAUGACAACGACCUGCAGGCUGCCAUGGAUAGGGCAAAAAACAACCCGAAUGCUGGAAAGAGUUUAUGGGAGCGCAUUGAGCCAAAUCCCAACAAAGACAAAGCCACACCAACGAACGGCGAGAAAACUAAGUCUGAAGCGGGAACGCCUACUGUUACGCAAGCCCCGAAGUACCCCUCGUUUGGUUCAUCGACCUGGGGUUCUCAAGUGGGCAAAACGACACCUGAACAGCCGUCGGUUUCUCCCUUCAGUUCCUCCACUGGUACAUCGACUCUCAAGCCAGCAAGCGGGUUCCACUAUACUCCAACUCCAGGAAGUACAACACCUACACCUGCCUCUGGUACUUCCAUCUUUUCCGGUGGAGCAACCAGACAGGGUCCAGUUCCAGGAGAGGGUUUGUUUGGCUCUCGACCAAGUACGCCGAGCAACGCAGACAAGAACACCAGCCUCGCCAAAUCGGUUCUCACUUCUCCAGCAGGGACCGACAACACGUGGAAGGAAGUUGCACCUAUCUCUUUCGCAAAUGGAGACAAGCAAUCAAGUGCCCCUGUUUUCAAAUUGACGGCAGCCUCGCCCGGCGAGAAGGAGAAGGAGGACUCGGCUGCGUUCAAGCCGCUCAGUACUCUCUUUGGCACGGCGACCCCGGGAUCGAGAGGCUCCGACACACCGAGUUUGGGCUUUGCAUUCGGUGCCCCCACUCCCUCACCGGCGCCUGGCUAUCUGGGUGCCAUUUCUCAUCUUGGAGGCGGCUCCGUGGCUAGUUCUGCUGUCUCAUCUCGCGCCACCUCGCCUGGCCUGACAGAUAACGAAUCUGUUGCUACAAACGAGACCGACGAAAGCACUGAAGAUCCACAAACUUCGCUGAUGGACUCGCGAGCAGGAGAAGAAAACGAAAAUUGCCUUUGGACUGGCCGGUCCAAAGCCCUCGUGUUUUUCACAGAGGAAAUGGCAAAGGACACCAAACAGAAAUACACUCCAAACGACUGGAACUCGAUGGGUGUGGGCCAGGUCCGAGUUCUCAAAAACAAAGAGACCAACAGAACCCGUGUGGUAUUCCGCGUGGACCCAAGCGCUAAUAUUCUUUUCAAUUCUCACCUUGUGGGGAGUACGAGCUACGAAAGUGUUCCAAGCAACAAGAGUGGUGCAGUCAGGGGGGCAUUGAUGUACAAGGGAAAGAUCGUGCGGUUAGUGUUGAAAUUGAAAACGCCAGAGAUGGCGAACGAGUUGGCGAAGAUUCUGGAGGAGAACAAAAGUGCUUGA